GCCCCGCCGCCGCCGAGCGCGAUGAAGCUGUGGCUGCUGCUCGGGCUGCUGCUGGCGCGCGCCGCGCUGGAGAUCGUUGCUGGCCAACACCCUCCCAAAAAUAAGCAUCCAAAGGAGCAAGGAGAGAAUAGAAUCAAACCUACCAACAAAAAGGUGAAUCCCAAAGUUCCUAAAAUAAAAGACAGGGAUGCAGCUGAUUCAACAACAAAGAGUCAAUCUAUCAUGAUGCAAGUGAUGGACAAAGGUCGCUUCCAGAGACCUGCUGCUACCCUACGUCUGGUGGCUGGGCAGCCUCUAGAGCUUCGAUGCAAAGGAAGUAAGAUCGGAUGGAGCUACCCCGCCUAUCUUGAGUCUUUCAAGGACUCCCGCCUCAGUGUGAAGCAGCACGAACGGUACAGCCAGCUGACCCUGGUCAACUCCACUGCGGCCGACACAGGGGAAUUUAGCUGCUGGGGCCAGCUCUGCAAUGGCUCCAUCUGCAGAAGGGACGAGGCCAAAACAGGCUCCACCUACAUCCUUUUUACAGAUAAAGGAGAACUGUUUGUACCUUCUCCCAGUUAUUUUGAUGUUGUCUACCUGAACCCAGACAGACAGGCUGUGGUUCCUUGUAGAGUGACUGUAUUGUCAGCCAAAGUCACUCUACACCAGGAGUUCCCUGCCAAGGAAAUCUCAGCCAAUGGAACGGACAUUACUUACGACUUGAAGAGAGGCUUUGUGUAUCUGCACCCUCAUUCUGACCACCAGGGGGUGGUGUACUGCAAGGCAGAGGCUGGGGGCAAGUCUCAGAUCUCCAUCAAAUACCAUUUGCUCUACGUAGAAGUCCCCAGCGGUCCCCCAUCAACAACCAUCUUGGCCUCCUCCAACAAAGUGAAAGGGGGGGAUGACAUCAGUGUGCUCUGCACUGUCCUAGGGGAGCCUGAUGUCGAGGUGGAAUUCAGAUGGGUAUUUCCAGGGCAGAAGGACGAAAGGCCUGUCUCAAUUCAAGAUACUUGGAGGCUGAUCCACCGAGGACUCGGACACACCACAAGGAUCUCCCAGAGUAUCAUCACGGUGGAAGACUUUGAGACCAUUGAUGCAGGGUAUUACAUUUGCACUGCUCAGAAUCCCCAAGGACAGACUACAGUAGCUACCACUGUUGAAUUUUCCUGACUUGGAGGGUGAAGUAUUGUGAACUGGUGGAAAGCCUGUUUGCAAACAUAGUCUUUGGUUUCUCCUUAGUAGUACUUUGCCAGAGGCUGAUGUCAACGCCAAGUGGCAACCCUUGCCUGAGAGUCAGAGACCCAGACAUCCAAACUAAAAGGAAGUCACUCAUUUAUUAACAGAAGUGUUAACUUUUCUAACAGAAAGCAUGUCUUUUGACUGCUUACCUAUGUCCAUGUUUUGUAUAAGAGCAUAUAUGCCAACAACUUUAAUCAUUAAACGAGCAAGUUUUUGUAAAAAAUAAAAAAAAUGGGUUAAGUGCUUAUUUUUUAAGUUGUCUUGACGACAUCAAGAAAGACUCAUUGGCAGCAAUACUUCAGUCAGUACAUAGGGUUCUCUUUCAAAUAAUAAUCCCACUACAUCAGAUUUUAAAUGUGCUGAUACAUAAUUCAACUACUUAUCUAUAAGUGGUGACUUUAGAUUCAAAUGCAUAGAUCUAUCACUUUUCAUCAGUAGCACCUUUAAAGUGUGAGGUACUUUACAAGGUAUCAAAUAAAUCUAACUAAUUCUUUGUAUGCCCUCUAAAGUCCCAAUUUCAGAUUAGACUACUUAAUAAAAACUAGAUCAUGUGUUUUUAAACUUUUAAAAUAGAUAAAUAUAUGACUUUUUAAAAUUGUGUCAAAAUUUUAUUUGAAAAGAGUAAGAGAAAAAUAGGCUCUCCAGAGUGAACUUGGGCCAAACAGGGGAAAAGAAAAAAGGAACAAAAAUAAAAGCAUGUUCUGGUCUACAAGAGACAGAGUGGGAUACCAUGAAGACUCAUGAUAGCUAAGAAAUAUUCAGUAUUGUCUAGACUCAUCUUUAAAAAGUGUUUAGACAAAAGCUUAUUAAAACCAGCCAGGAUUUAUUUCUCAAAUACACAUCUUUAAAAUUUAAAAAGCUCAGUUCUGACUCGAGGUCUGUGAGCCAGAUUUCAGCCCAUGACAAAUUCUGUGGUUUCCACUGGAAAUUCCUGAGAAAUGACUUAGAAGAUAUGAUCUGAACUGCUUGGCUAUUCACUGAGUGAUACUUUGAACAGUGAAAUAGGUCAGAGGCUGCAAUUCUUACAUUGAAUAUUCCAGCAUUAUUUAUUUGAUUAAAAUAAAAUACACUUUCCAUCACUAAAAACAGCACAGCUACCAUUGUUUACACAUCUGUAUUUUUAUGACGUGCCAACAUUUUGCAUCCCGCGUGAAACAUUUGGUUUAAACAAAUCUUAAAAAUUCUCUAUUUUGUUCCCUAUCUUCUUUCAAUUGUCUGUCAUCCUCUGAGGACAUUUUUACUAAUUGCUAUAAGGUUUAUUUCCCAGACACCUACAUGGUAUGGAGAAUUGCAAGGAGUAGCGUGAGAUUACCAUGCAUAGGGGGUGAAUGGCAAACCCAACUUUGGCUAAUGUCACUGAGAACAAAGUGGAAGUGAGAGCAGAGCUAUUUCCAGGAUCUGGCAGUGAAUCUAUGCCCCCAUGAAUCCAAAGCAAACAUGGAAAGUUACACAUGUAAUAAACUAUCAGAAGUUAAAGACACCCAACACAAUCACUAAUUGAAAUAAACAUGCAUGAUGAGUAUCAGUUGGCUAUGUAAUGUACAUGUAAUUGAUGACUCAAAUACCCACAUCUAGUUCCCUAAUCUGUUCUUACUAUAGGGGCUAUGCACACAGCCAUCCAAUGAAGAUUAGUAAAUACUGACAUCACAAGAUUGACACAUGCAGGGAGGGGAGGGAAAGCCACAACUGUCCUAUCUUGCACAGAAUUUUAAGCCAAGGGUGGUGAUAAGGGAAACCCUAAAAAGAAGUCCAAACAUAACUUGGAGGGUUGUCAAGCCUCAUUUUCCACUUGUCUGCUGGAGAUUCUACCUUUCUAAAGAAAGGAGUGCUCAAGGGGCACCCUUAAACUAGCACCAUCUUCCCAAGGUAUUUUAUGCUAUUGAACACAGCAUUAUCAGCUUAAUCAAGGUGCUUCUACUUAGAAGUACCAAAUCCCAUCUUUCUUAGUUCUAGCCAAUAGCUUCCUCUUUCUCAUUAUUUUAUGUAAGGCUUUCCAAAAUUUGUGUAUCAGAUCCAGACCUUUGUUUGGAAAAUGAGUUCAGCACCUUGGAAAUGAGCUAGCUCUGGAAAGGCAGAGAUAAGAGGUAGAAGGUUUUGUGGCUCUGGAUGGUAGAGAAAGGAAAGGGAAAAAUAAGGAUAAUGGGGGAGAAGAAAAGAGUGUAUAUCUGUAAGGAUAGGUUAGCUCAAGGUAAACUAUAAGGCAGAACAAUCCAUUGGCACUGCCCUUUUUCUCUAUACAGAUUUUAAAAAAAGAAUUAGGUUUCUAGAUUUCCUCAUAGCCUCAAAAAAUGGAUUGCUGAAUAGUGUUAGGAUUAUGUAAUCCACAGAAAAUUCUAAACUGAUGAGCAUUAACAUUUAAAAACCCCCAACAAGUUACUCCAAAAAGACAUGGAAAAUAUAUAGACAUUGACAAGUCAAAGCUUUCCUAUCACACCCUUUCAGUUAUGUUGCAGGGUCAAGCAGAGUUGGUGGUGGAGAAUUAUAAUUCAAGCAACUAUUGCUUUUUCU